UUCGAUUUACUGUUUGAACGGUGGUACAUGCAUUCCUGGUGCAGGAUUCACGUCCUAUUCGUGUAUGUGUGCAGGAGGAUGGAAAGGAGACAAUUGUGAAACCAUUGAUUGUUCAUACCCUGGUCAUUGUUCAAAUAAUGGAACGUGCAAACCAAACACGUACCUUACAGACUUCCGGUGCGACUGCCCUUAUGGAGGAGCAGGAAAACAGUGUCAAAACACAGAUGUCUGUUCUCCGUUCAAAGAAGCAGACGUGGUUUUCUUGUUGGAUACGUCAGCAAGUGAGAACAGUACCAACGUCUUUAGACAGAAGUCGUUCAUGUUGAAAAUGAUAACAAAUGUUACAAAUUCUACGACAAAUUUGAGCAACCACCAGUUUUCUCUCGUAACAUUUGCUUCUAGACCUAAAACGAUUUUUUAUUUAAACACUUACCACAACCAACAGUUAAUGGUUGAUGCAAUUGAGAAUGUUUCCACUGCAAUGACAUUCGGAGGAUCUACCUAUUUGGAACGAGCUCUCGACUUGGUCCAGUCCGAGAUAUUUACAAAACGCCACGGAGCAAGAGACGGUGUCGGCCGUUACGUGUUUAUUUUGUCGGAUGGGCUUUGGUCUAGGCCAGUCGAUGUAAUGGCUAAAGCCAAUUUCCUCAAAUCAAAAGCCCAGAUAUAUGGUAUAGCGACUGGAUCACAAAUAAAACAUUCCCAACUGCUAGAUAUAUCAACUUUUGACAAUGUUUAUCCAAUUGGAUCACCAGACGUAGUACACAUGAUUGCAAAAGAAAUAGUGUUUGGAUGCAAAGGUUGCUCAAGACGGGGUACAGAUGUUUUGCUUGCUUUCGACUUGCUGUGGGACAAUGCUUACAAAGAAUUUGAAACGGCACUGGAUGCAGGAAAGUUGAUCAUUAACGGUCUGAGUCUGUAUCCAAAUGGCUCUGACGUAUCUAUUACGACGUAUGGAAACGACUUUAAAACAAUUGUUUCAUUCAACGAAAAUAAGCCAAAGCAGGCACUGAUGCAAAUCCUUAACAGCAAAAUAAAGCAAGAAAAGACAGUGUCUGCUAUGGAUGAAUCUGCAUUCAUUAAUAAUAUAGAAACCAGCUUCCGCAGUAUCGUUAGACCAAGAAGGAAGUUUUUUAUUCUUUUCACACAAGGCAGCACUAUGAACACUUGUUUAGGUCUCUUUCAGAGAUUUGCGAAGAAAUUUGAUGUAACCGUUGUCACCAUAGGAGUAGGUUGGAGAACGAACAUUAAGAAUCUGUUGGAAAUAUCCUCUGACCCAGCAUACACGUAUGUACUGGGAGAUGAAAUGGGUGCAGACGAAACAGUGCUAUAUUCUUUGUUUUCUUCUUUAGAAUAUGAUCAAUGUCCUUUGUAGUUCUAUUACUGAAGAAUGUAAUUAUCACACAUCAACGACGUGGUCGUACCACGUAAACAAAAUUAAUGUAUAGUCUUUUCAA